AUGCCCAUGAGUGGACUGGAGAAAGGCACUGUGAGAGACUUGGAUUCGGACUCGACCAGUGGUGACUCGGAUUCGGACUCGACCAGUGGUGACUUGGAUUUGGACUCGACCAGUGGUGACUCGGAUUUGGACUCGACCAGUGGUGACUUGGAUUUGGACUUGACCAGUGGUGACUUGGAUGUGGACUCGACCAGUGGUGACUUGGAUUCGGACUCGACCAGUGGUGACUUGGAUUCGGACUCAACCAGUGGUGACUCGGAUUUGGACUCAACCAGUGGUGACUUGGAUUCGGACUCAACCAGUGGUGACUCGGAUUCGGACACGACCAGUGGUGACUCGGAUUCGGACUCGACCAGUGGUGACUCGGAUUCGGACUCGACCAGUGGUGACUUUGAUUUGGACUCGACUAGUGGUGACUUUGAUUUGGACUCGACCAGUGGUGACUUGGAUUUGGACUCGACCAGUGGUGACUUGGAUUUGGACUCGACCAGUGUGGUGACUUGGAUUUGGAACUCGCCCAGUGGUGACUUGGAUUUGGACUCAACCAGUGGUGACUUGGAUUCGGACUCGACCAGUGGUGACUCGGAUUCGGACUCAACCAGUGGUGACUUUGAUUCGGACUUGACCAGUGGUGGCUCGGAUUCAGACUCAAACAGUGGUGACUCGGAUUCGGACUCGACCAGUGGUGACUCGGAUUCAGACUCGACCAGUGGUGACUUGGAUUCGGACUCAACCGGUGGUGACUUUGAGUCGGACUCGACCGGUGGUGACUUUGAUUUGGACUCGACUAGUGGUGACUUUCAUUCGGACUUGACCAGUGGUGACUUUGAUUUGGACUCGACCAGUGGUGACUUGGAUUUGGACUCGACUAGUGUGUUGACUCGGAUUCAGACUCAAAACAGUGGUGACUUGGAUUCGGACUCGACCGGUGGUGACUUGGAUUUGGACUCGACCAGUGGUGACUCGGAUUUGGACUCGACCAGUGGUGAGUUGGAUUUGGACUCGACUAGUGGUGACUUGGAUUCGGACUCGACCAGUGGUGACUUGGAUUUGGACUCGACCAGUGGUGACUUGGAUUUGGACUUGACCAGUGGUGACUUGGAUGUGGACUCGACCAGUGGUGACUUGGAUUCGGACUCGACCAGUGGUGACUUGGAUUCGGACUCAACCAGUGGUGACUCGGAUUUGGACUCAACCAGUGGUGACUUGGAUUCGGACUCAACCAGUGGUGACUCGGAUUCGGACACGACCAGUGGUGACUCGGAUUCGGACUCGACCAGUGGUGACUCGGAUUCGGACUCGACCAGUGGUGACUUUGAUUUGGACUCGACUAGUGGUGACUUUGAUUUGGACUCGACCAGUGGUGACUCGGAUUCGGACUCGACCAGUGGUGACUUGGAUUUGGACUCGACCAGUGGUGACUCGGAUUUGGACUCGACCAGUGGUGAGUUGGAUUUGGACUCGACUAGUGGUGACUUGGAUUCGGACUCGACCAGUGGUGACUUGGAUUUGGACUCGACCAGUGGUGACUUGGAUUUGGACUUGACCAGUGGUGACUUGGAUGUGGACUCGACCAGUGGUGACUUGGAUUCGGACUCGACCAGUGGUGACUUGGAUUCGGACUCAACCAGUGGUGACUCGGAUUUGGACUCAACCAGUGGUGACUUGGAUUCGGACUCAACCAGUGGUGACUCGGAUUCGGACACGACCAGUGGUGACUCGGAUUCGGACUCGACCAGUGGUGACUCGGAUUCGGACUCGACCAGUGGUGACUUUGAUUUGGACUCGACUAGUGGUGACUUUGAUUUGGACUCGACCAGUGGUGACUUGGAUUUGGACUCGACCAGUGGUGACUUGGAUUUGGACUCGACCAGUGUGGUGACUUGGAUUUGGAACUCGCCCAGUGGUGACUUGGAUUUGGACUCAACCAGUGGUGACUUGGAUUCGGACUCGACCAGUGGUGACUCGGAUUCGGACUCAACCAGUGGUGACUUUGAUUCGGACUUGACCAGUGGUGGCUCGGAUUCAGACUCAAACAGUGGUGACUCGGAUUCGGACUCGACCAGUGGUGACUCGGAUUCAGACUCGACCAGUGGUGACUUGGAUUCGGACUCAACCGGUGGUGACUUUGAGUCGGACUCGACUGGUGGUGACUUUGAUUUGGACUCGACUAGUGGUGACUUUCAUUCGGACUUGACCAGUGGUGACUUUGAUUUGGACUCGACCAGUGGUGACUUGGAUUUGGACUCGACUAGUGUGUUGACUCGGAUUCAGACUCAAAACAGUGGUGACUUGGAUUCGGACUCGACCGGUGGUGACUUUGAUUUGGACUCGACUAGUGGUGACUUUCAUUCGGACUUGACCAGUGGUGACUUUGAUUUGGACUCGACCAGUGGUGACUUGGAUUUGGACUCGACUAGUGGUGACUCUUAUUCGGACUCGACCAGUGGUGACUCGGAUUCAGACUCGACCAGUGGUGACUUGGAUUCGGACUCAACCGGUGGUGACUUUGAGUCGGACUCGACCGGUGGUGACUUUGAUUUGGACUCGACUAGUGGUGACUUUCAUUCGGACUUGACCAGUGGUGACUUUGAUUUGGACUCAACCAGUGGUGACUUGGAUUCGGACUCGACCAGUGGUGACUCGGAUUCGGACACGACCAGUGGUGACUCGGAUUCGGACUCGACCAGUGGUGACUCGGAUUCGGACUCGACCAGUGGUGACUUUGAUUUGGACUCGACUAGUGGUGACUUUGAUUUGGACUCGACCAGUGGUGACUUGGAUUUGGACUCGACCAGUGGUGACUUGGAUUUGGACUCGACCAGUGUGUUGAUUUGGAUUUGGAACUCGCCCAGUGGUGACUUGGAUUUGGACUCAACCAGUGGUGACUUGGAUUCGGACUCGACCAGUGGUGACUCGGAUUCGGACUCAACCAGUGGUGACUUUGAUUCGGACUUGACCAGUGGUGGCUCGGAUUCAGACUCAAACAGUGGUGACUCGGAUUCAGACUCGACCAGUGGUGACUCGGAUUCAGACUCGACCAGUGGUGACUUGGAUUCGGACUCAACCGGUGGUGACUUUGAGUCGGACUCGACCGGUGGUGACUUUGAUUUGGACUCGACCGGUGGAGAGUUUGAUUUGGACUCAACCAGUGGUGACUCAGAUUCGGACUCGACCAGUGGUGACUUUGAUUUGGACUCGACCAGUGGUGACUCGGAUUUGGACUCGACCAGUGGUGACUUGGAUUUGGACUCGACCAGUGGUGACUUGGAUUUGGACCCGACCAGUGGUGACUUGGAUUUGGACUCGACCAGUGGUGACUCGGAUUCGGACUCGACCAGUGUGGUGACUUGGAUUUGGGACUCGCCCAGUGGUGACUUGGAUGUGGACUCGACCAGUGGUGACUCGGAUUCGGACUCAACCAGUGGUGACUUGGAUUCGGACUCAACCAGUGGUGACUUGGAUUCGGACUCAACCAGUGGUGACUCAGAUUCGGACUCGACCAGUGGUGACUUGGAUUUGGACUCGACCAGUGGUGACUUGGAUUCGGACUCAACCAGUGGUGACUCGGAUUCGGACUCGACCAGUGGUGACUUUGAUUUGGACUCGAUUAGUGGUGACUUUGAUUUGGACUCGCCCAGUGGUGACUUGGAUUUGGACUCGACCAGUGGUGACUUGGAUUCGGACACGACCAGUGGUGACUUGGAUUUGGACUCGACCAGUGGUGACUUGGAUUUGGACUCGACCAGUGGUGACUUGGAUUCGGACACGACCGGUGGUGACUUUGAUUUGGACUCGACCGGUGGAGAGUUUGAUUUGGACUCAACCAGUGGUGACUCAGAUUCGGACUCGACCAGUGGUGACUUUGAUUCGGACUCAACCAGUGGUGACUUGGAUUCGGACUCAACCAGUGGUGACUCAGAUUCGGACUCGACCAGUGGUUACUCGGAUUCGGACUCGACCAGUGGUGACUCGGAUUCGGACUCAACCAGUGGUGACUCGGAUUCGGACUCGACCAGUGGUGACUUUGAUGUGGACUCGACUAGUGGUGACUUUCAUUCGGACUUGACCAGUGUUGACUUUGAUUUGGACUCGACCAGUGGUGACUUGGAUUUGGACUCGACUAGUGGUGACUCUUAG